AUGGCUGACAGAAAUGUCAGUAUGAUAACUGAAUUCAUCCUCUUGGGGCUGACUGACAACCCUGAAAUGACCACUGUCCUUUUUGUGCUGUUUCUCUUGAUCUAUCUCAUUACCGUGGUGGGCAACAUUUGGAUUAUCACAAUAAUCUUGGUCAGCUCCCAACUCCAUUCUCCCAAAUACUUUUUCCUUAGCCAAUUGGCUUUCUUGGAUUUCUGCUAUUCCUCAGUCUUUAUUCCUAAAAUGUUGGUGAACUACAUAUCGGGACUGAAAGUCAUCUCCUAUCACGGUUGCCUCCUUCAGUAUUCCUUUGUCAGCAUGCUCCUGACCACUGAAUGCUUCCUCCUGGCUGCAAUGGCCUAUGAUCGAUAUGUUGCCAUUUGCCGCCCACUUCACUACAAAGGUCUCAUGACCCUCAGGUUCUGCAUCCAGCUGGUGACAGUGUCCUACCUACUAGGUUGUGCCAACUCACUCACCCACCUGAGCGGCUUGCUCAGUCUAUCUUUCUGUGGGCCCAAUGUUAUUAACCAUUAUUUCUGUGAUAUCCCUUUGCUCUUUCAACUUUCCUGUUCUGACACCCAGUACAGUGAGGUUUUGUUUACUGUCCUAUCUGGAACCACAUCAGUGCUUACCUUUCUGAUAGUGGUUUAUUCCUAUCUGGGAAUUCUUCUCACUAUCCUGAAGAUAAAAUCUACAAGCAGCAGAUAUAAAGCUUUCUCCACAUGUGCCUCCCACCUAAUAGUAGUGACUCUUGUCUAUGGAACAGUGAUAUUUACUUACCUGGGAACUAGCUCAGGCUGCUCACAGGAUACAGCCAAAAUCCUGUCCGUGUUUUAUACCCUUUUGCUGCCAAUACUAAAUCUUCUGAUAUACAGUGUGAGAAAUACAGAAGCCAAAGAAGCAAUGAAAAGAAUUAUUAUGAGAAAAAUAUUUGCUCAGUGA